CCCCUAUCUAGUAACUUUGCUGGUAUUCAAUUUGAUGGAUAAAUACGAGUGUUCUGAAUGCUAACUUUAAUCAAACUUUGGAGUGAGUUUCAGAGGGUUGUCAAAAGAGUCAUCAUGAAGCUUUUCCUGCUUGUUCUUGGUACGAUGACACUCUGUCGUGCCAACGGAAAUUCUAUACCUUGCUAUGACGAUCUAUCCAGGCCUCAAAGAUGCGUUCCCGAGUUCGAAAAUGCAGCUUUCAACUUGAGCGUAGAGGCGACGAAUACCUGCGGAGAAUACCGCGACACCCAGUACUGUAGUGGGCAGUGCUAUAACUGCCAGAGCGGCUCGCAUCCCGCUCGAUACCUUACAGAUUUUCACAGUGAGGAAGGGAUGACUAGAUGGCAGAGUGAAACGAUGUAUGAAGAUAUUCAGUAUCCAAACUCAGUCAAUCUCACCAUACAUCUAGGUAAAUCCUUCGAGAUCACUUACAUUCGGCUGCAAUUUUACUCCCCACGGCCGGAGAGUUUUGCCAUCUUUAAGCGUACGUGUCAGGACUGUCCUUGGAUACCCUACCAGUAUUACAGCGGCUCAUGUGACUCCACCUACAACCUCCCAGAUAGCGAAUACGUCAGCUACAAUGACCCAACGAUGGCGCUUUGCACCAGCAGAUUCAGCGACCUGUCGCCACUCACGGGAGGAACUAUUGCUUUCAGUACGCUGCAAAAUAGACCAGGUGCAUGGAGUUUUGAUAACAAUGCCGUUUUACAGGAUUGGGUGACAGCUACGGAUAUUCUGGUUAUGCUGACGAGAUUAAACACUUUUGGAGAUGAAGUUUUUGAGGAACGAAAGGUUUUACGAUCAUACUUCUAUGCCAUCACAGAUUUCUCUAUUGGUGGAAGGUGUAAAUGCAACGGUCACGCCAGCCAAUGCGUGGAAGCACCCAACGAUCCUUACAACCGUCUUGUAUGUCAGUGCGAACACAACACAGCAGGGCCAGACUGUGGCGAAUGUCUCCCUCUGUACAAUGACAGGAAGUGGACGAGAGCCACUGCUGGGAACGCAAAUGAAUGCAUGAGAUGUAACUGCAACUCACACGCUGACCGUUGCUUCUUUGAUGAAGAGCUUUACAACCGAACAGGAUCCGGUGGUCACUGCAUGGAGUGCCGCAAUGACACUUCUGGCGUCAGCUGUGAGCAUUGCCGUGACAACUACUUCAGGACUUCUCCAGAUGCUCGAUGCCAGCCUUGUAACUGUGACCAAACAGGAUCAUUGAACCAGCAGUGUGAUAGCUCAGGACGAUGCCAGUGUAAGGUAGGAGUCGGAGGAGAGGGAUGUAACCAGUGUCUUCCUAACUACUAUGACUUCGGUGAAGAUGGAUGCAGGCCUUAGUCUUGUCAGCGGACUGAUAAUUGCGCUUCACAGCAUCACCCUUUGCAGUCCUGUCGCUACCAAUCUUCUCCUGGAGUCUUUAACCUAGCUGCUAGCAACCACCCUGGAGAAAGAGAAAAUAAUAAUGCAUCUCUCCACAGAAAAAAGAUUAUAAUAACAAUAUCAAUAUUUAAAACGCUAUCUAAGAUUUUUGUCAUUUAUUAUAAACUUUCUUCUAUUCAUGUUGGAGAUAGAGAAACUGAUAUAUAAGAUCAUUUCCCUAUCUUUGUUGCAUUUGAGCAUCUUACGAAGGCAAGUAAAACAAACAACAACAAGUCUGUGUUUCGUACUUUCAGAAAUUAUGAUAUUAAUGAAUUUCAUGAUGAUCUAGGUAAAAUUGAUGGGAAGAAUUUAAUGAUAUCAAUUAAAUAUCCGUUGCAUCAUUUGUAAUGUUCCCAAGAAUAUACUUGUUUUAUUAUAUAAGGCUUUCAUACAGCCUCACCUCUUGUAUGGAGUAUAAGUAUGAGGGGGCACUUACAAAAUAAAUUUAAAUUGUAUAUAUUUAAGUCAAAAUAUGAUAAUGCGAGCAAUUACAUUCUGUCCAUUUAGAUCAGACUCCAAACCUCAUUUUCAAAGUCUACAAAUAUUAAACAUUUUUAAGCUUCAUGAACUUCUAUCAACAUUUAUGCAUGAUUUGGUAAAAGGUGUAUUACCAAACUCUUUAGUCGACUAUUGUCAGAUGAUACACCACAUAUAUGCAACAAGAAGAAAAGAAAGUGGAUUACUCUAUCAACCCAAAUGUAAAACAACGCAAGGACAAUUUUGUAUUUCGUUUGUAGGAAUUCUCUUUUCAGAGACACCUUUCCCCUACCUUAAAUGACGUGGACUCAACCCCACAUCCCCCUUCGUUUUACUUUAUAGAUUAUAGCUGCCCUUAAGCUUUUACAGGAUUUAUGCAUGUACGAACAUGUGCAUGAUUUUAUUCUUUUAAUGCUUCCUUUUCAUUUCAUGAACAGAGUGAUGAUUGUAUUUGCUCAAAUAUUUGUUAUCUUUCAUUAUAUUGCUUUAGCACUUAAACUUUGUAAACUUAAAUGUAAAAUGGUGGCAGGAUACUGUAUUAUUAUUUGUGCAUAUAAUAGAAGUUUAUUCCAAAAUGCACUACAUGUACAUCCAUAAAUCCAAGUUCUCACUGAGAAAAACAUGAUUUUUUAAUUACCAUAGUUAGCAAUGUCAGUUUGGAAUGAUACUUUGGCUGAUUAUACUAUUGUAUGAUACAAGUACCAACGCCAAUCCUUAAAAAAAAUCAAAGACUGCACAAAUAUUUUUCAUGAAUUUAUGUUUUUUAAUUUUUGUGGAUCUAGUACCUUUUAGAACCAAAUUGGAUGUAGUACUUUUUUGGAACCGAAAAUCAUGCAUAUUGUAUGCAAGUUAUAAUGCAUGACUUGAAUAGAUAUAGUACAUUUUGGAACCGAACCACGUUUAAAUGCCAGUUUUAAAACUUUUUGUGGAAAUUCAGCUUUUCGAAAGUGUCAGUUUAUAAGGCCUCGGAAAUUGUGUUCAUUAAUGCAACAAAACAAAAAUCUAACAAAAAUCUAUUUUAAUUUAAAAAAAUGGAUGUAGUUCCUUUUAGAACCGAGCUAUUCAAUAUGUAAAUAAAAAACAAACAAAUUUUACAUUCAUAUUCUUUUUUUAAUUAGAAAACCUUGUCAAAGAAUGGAACUAUGCUCGACUAUUACUUGGGCCAGCUUCUAGUUCUCAUAAACUACUUCACGGUUCACCUAUGUAUUAGUAAUACACGUUGUUACGUGUAUAUCUGUUGUACAUUUAAUAUAAUGCCGAUCUAUGUCUAAAUAUUGGUCUAAAACCAUUACUGUUCAAUCAAAAUUACUCUGUUGUUAUGUAUACAUGUAUCCUUAUCAUGCUUUGCAGGGUAUGAUUGUUUAUAUACUGUCAUUAUUGCGAUCUGUUGUUGUUGAUAAU